AUGCAACGAUUCACGGAGACGCAACCCAAACACACUCCGUUCCCCGUUCCGUUCAGCACACCACCGUCAAUUCAUGCCAUGCCUCGACAGACCUUCUCAUAUCAGCGCGAGCCAAGACUCCACCCCUCAGCCGGAUCCCGUCUCUCCCCAAUCCGAGUCGAAAACCAAACCGGCCCAUCCCAGCUCACGUACCUCUACCGCUCAAUGCGCUCAUUGCCUUCUAUUCUUAGCCCAUCGUACAUGUGUGUACAUACAUGUACGUACCUUGCCUUGCGUGCAAUGCAAGCCGUGCCUGGAUGGGAUGGGCUCACGGGACUCAAUAAUGCUCGAGUAGUAGUCUAUUGCGGCCAGCGAAAAGAAGCAUCAGUCAUACGCUCACGCUACUCACAUGUCAGUGAACCGAUCACAUUCAGGAAUCUUGAAAAUCGACACAGCAUUUCGCAACGCUGUCAUCUCAUCCUCAUCUCAUACCAUCAUACCUUUUAUGUCAUGUAUAUAAAAGUGUAUGCAAUGCCUAUCCCCUUCGCUCGUGCUCCCAUUCAGGUGUCGUGUCGUAAAGCCAACCCCCAAAUCGCUCAUAACCUGCAACUGGUACCAAGGCCAAUGACUGAUGCAAUCGCAGACCUCCACAAUGCGCUCCAGGCUCCUGGUCGUUCCUCUUCUAUCGACGACGACGACCCGUCCGAGACUCGCGCUUCAAUUACAUGCUUGCUUGCAGAUCCUUGA